AUGAAUGGAGGUACUUGUUAUCAAGGUGAAAAUUCAUAUGUAUGUAUGUGCCCUGGUAUUUUCGAUGGUGAAAAUUGUGAAACAGUCAACUUCACUAAACAAUGUACAUUGGAUUGUUCACCUGGUCAAUGCGUAGCUACUGGUGAUGCAAGAUUUCCAUACUUAUGCUCAUGUGAUGGUACACUUUAUCCAAACAGUUGCAAGGGCAAAUAA